AUGAGCUCGCAAACGCUUCUGGACAUGGCGCUCCGCACUUCCGGAGUCGGAUUCGUUGUCUCUCUGCUCUCCGAGAUCCUUCUCCUUCUACUCAUCGUUUACAAGUCACGGCCGAGUUUCGGUUAUUAUAAAUAUCUAAUGAUAGUGUACAACGUUGUGCUCAUUAUGUAUUCACUGGCUACCGCAAAUGCUAAUUUGGUAAGCGUCUGCCUACCCAAUUCAAGAACGGAAAUGAUUUUUAAGGCCGCGCACAGUACGGAAACCGCGUACGUUUUGUUCCGAAUGUAUCAUGGACCCAACCGAACCGUCGGACCUCUUUUUAUCCGUUAGUUCACAAAACGCAAUGCUGGUUUACUUGUUUCUUUCAGUUCAAUUCUGCACAAUGUACGUGACUAUGCUCAUAAUUCUGUCGGUCCACUUCAUCUACCGCUACACGGCCAUCUUCUAUCACCGACAUUUGUGGCUGUUCCAGAAGUCUUACCUGAUGUUCUGGGUGCUCGGAUCCUUCUCUCUCGGCCUGUUUCUCAUCGCUCUCAAGUACUUCUUUCUCGGCGAAUUCGACUAUUUGACGGAGAAGUUGAGGUAGUGCCGGCAGACUAAUUUCAGCUUUAUUCUAAAGUUCAGAGAUGAAUUCAUGACCAACUAUAAUCUGACAAUGGAAGAAAUCGUCUACAACGGCCCCAUCUAUUAUGUGCGUGCAAACCGACUUCCAGCUGUACGAGAAGAGUUUCAGGUGUGCGACGCGAGUGGAGAAUGCACAAAACCGCUCGGAAUCUGGCUCACAAUGGCCGCUCUCUGCUCGUGUUUCGUCAUUUGUCUCGGGAUCAUGACCUUUUUCGGCACUCGAUGCUACUAUAAACUGGCGGCGAUGAAGUCCGAUCUGAGCAAUAACACGAAGAAGAUGCAGAAGCAGCUAUUGUACGCUCUGAUGAUCCAGGCCGGCAUUCCGAUCAUCAUCAUGUACACCCCGACCGCACUUCUGCUCGUCUCCCCGGUCGUCGGCGUCUCUUUCGGAGCCUACUCGAACAUUGCCAUUUCCAUGGUGGCCGUGUACCCUCCACUCGAUCAGAUCGCAAUCAUUUAUAUCAUUCGCGACUAUCGGAAUGCUAUCAAAAGUAUGGAAGGAAAACAAACGAAUUUCUUAUUAUCAUUUUCAGUGGUUUUCUGCCGGAAAGUCGCGCAUUUGGAAGCCACGAGCCUUUAUUCGAAAGCAAGAUCUUCAAAUACGAUUCCACAAUGA